GCCGAACGGGGCCGGAAACCUACCAAUUUUUUUCGUACAUCUUCGGAAAAACUCCGGUAUGGACCGUCAUCAAUGGUUGUCAUGGAAAUAAGGGAAGCGGUCAUCUCGGAUCGAGAAAUCAGACAAAAAAAUGGCCACCGCAAGUCAACACAAGCCUUUGCCUCUUUUACGCCGGCCUUUGCCACCCAAACAUUCACCACCUCCGUCUUCACUCCGCUCCCGAUCAGAAGAUAAAUAUUCAGAGGCUGAAGAUAAUUACACAGUGUUGUCAAAAUCGCCAGGGGUGUCAAGUAUAAAGCGAUUCGUUAGUAACAAGUCUAGAGCAGGAGAAUCGAAAAUGAGAGAAGUUAGGUUUCACGGUGACGUACCACUUCCAGUUACAUCUGUGAUCAAGCCGUUCAAAGCAAAGGGACCCGAUCCUCUUCCACCAAGGCCUCCGAGAAAACCAAGAGAACUACCAUCAGAGGCUUUUAUAAAUGAUUCAUACAUAAGACCGCCUCCAGAAUUUACGCUGAAAGACUUCGUGAAAAGAUUACCUUCGAGGGCUGGAUUAGAUGAGGAUGGGGAACCAAUGCUGUCUGAUCAAAACUAUGAAAAAUUAACGAACUGGUUUGCUGCCAAUAAACCUUAUCAAUCUGCAAUUCAUAGUCUCGAAAUAGACAGUGGUGUUAAUGUUCCAGAUGUUACUCUUAGAGUUCCAGCAAGACAGUUACUUAUAGAGAUGCAAUUCCAAGGAAUGAAUACUUCACUCUCACCUGACCAGGAAGUAGCAUUCAUUCAAGAACGAUCAUCCACUGUCUUCCCUGUGACUCCUGCCACAUCAAAACUGACAAUGCCUGUUUCUAGAUAUGCGCCGCUACCUCCAAUAGAUACUGAGCAUGCCUCUGAUGGUGACAGGGAUGCUGUGGUGUCUUCCAGAAGAGAUGAUCAUCAACAUGUGCAGUAUGAAUAUGUUCCUGUCAGAACAAUAGGUCAGGUGACGACAGCAGAGAUGGUUUCAUCACCUCGGGCCAAAUAUGGCGAGAAAGUUGGAUUGCAAAGUGACGAGAUGCAUGGAUCAAAAGAUUUAAGAACUAGAUUUGUUUCAGUUCAGGAUAAUACUUUAGGAGGUGGAAAAGAUGAUGAUGCACUGACAAGGGACAGGAAAGCGGACCCUCUUGUGUCAGAGAAACAGAAAACAGUUUUGAAUGAAAGAACAUUAACCCUUGAAAUUGAACCAGCUGCAGCUUAUCGGAACAUGGAGGUCAUUCUACAUAGUUCACGGCCGGAAUACUUCCAAGGAGAAGAAUUACCAAGAACAUCGUCACCAUUUGUGAGUGCUGAUGCUUAUGAUGCUCAGAUGUCUCCAGUGGAAGCUGUGAUUUUAAAUACAAUGAUGAUGGAGUCAUCAAUGCUGAAUCUCAGAGCACAUUUCCUUAAUCGCCUUCCUGACCUCAGUUCACUGGCGGGACUGCUGACUCAUCUGAAUCUUUCCUUUAACGACCUCUGGGUCUUCCCUUCAGAGAUUUUGGAGCUGACAAACCUGGUAUCACUAAAACUAAGGAACAAUCCCAUUAAAGAAAUUCCUCGGGGUAUAAAAAGUCUGAAGAGACUUAUCGUGUUUGAGAUUUCUUUCAAUCUUCUUACCUCCUUACCCUCAAGUCUCUUUCAGUUAAAGCAUCUUGAGAUGUUAGACCUAGCUUACAACCGUCUUUCAUUUAUCCCGUCAGACAUUGAGAACCUAAGAGCUCUCAGGGAAUUAAAUCUUGAAGGCAAUCAGCUCGGAGCCUUGCCAGUCGGAGCGCUGCAUCUGAACCUCAAGUACUUGAAAAUAAACAACAACUUUAUGCAUCCUCUGCUGUGGAGAGAGACUGCUACCAACCAACCUCAGCGUCUUGGAGACUUAUCAGCUCUAACUGUGUUCAAAGCGGGAAUUCACAUUAAGACUCGCAACUUACCACCUGCUAUAAAGAAUCUUCUAGACGAUUACAGCCGCUGUGAUUGCUGUGAUGGUCCGAUGUUUGGUCCAGGAGUGAGAGUAAUCAAGGCUCCGUCUGUCAUCUUCGGCGUCAAGAAUCUUCCAUUUGUUUUCAACGCCUGUACACAAACCUGCAGAAGACAGUUCAGUAGAAACUCUGAUUCAUUAAAGCUUUGGAUACAGAGGAACGCGCCGCAGACUUUAGCUGAGUUCUAGUUUUGGAACGAAAUAUAAUAAAUGGAAUUAAAAGGAUGAGACUCGGACAGGGUAGCGAGGCUAAUACGAAGUGUUAUUCUCUGAACCGGAUCAACUGAAUAGGAAUUUAGAAUUUAUGGCUUAGUGACUUUUAGUCGGAGUGAAGAUGAAGAUUAGAGAAACAAUGUAACUCAUAGAUAUUAACCCGAAAUGGUCACCCAACAAAUUGAAAGUAUUCUGUACGUAGACGGAGUCUUUCCUAUCUUCACCAGUAUAUAAAAAGUGUAUUUUUGUAAAAAUCCAUAUUUCAAAGCAAUAAAUAAAUUACGUAAUAAAUAAAUUG